UCCUUUCAAUUCCCUCCAGAUCACGUGAUUAAAGGACAAUAUUUCUCAAAUAAUCGACAGCCCGCCCUGAUUUCAAGCAAUCGAUAAGAAGCGAUAUACUAAUCCUGCCUUUAAAACAUAUUUUGGAGCUUAAAAUACCUUGAGACACAGAAUUGAGUAGGGGCCAACUGUGGGCCAGACAAAAUUCCUUGCGCUGCGCCGACGCCGCCGGCAACAUCAUGACAGCCACUAAGUGGGGCACCGUCACAAGGCAGACAAGGCCCCAAAAAUAGACGCCGCAACGGCAACGGCAACAAAUCGGAAAUGCUCGCUGCCACAGUGCUGCAGAUGCCGCCGUCGCGGGCCCGCAACAGCGGCCUGGUGCUGGGCGUCUGCCUCGACCAGCUGAUGCAGCAACAGCCGCGCUCCGCACCGAUCGGCUCCAAGAUGCUGCCAGCCGGCGCAGAGACAGAGGCUGCCUCCGAGAAGCAGCCGCAAUUGACAGGCAGACAAACGCGCUGCUGGCCGCCGCCCUGCUUCAUGCUACUCGUAUCACUGCUGGAGAUCCUUGUCUUUGUGUUUUGGGGCUCUGCACCGCCGGAGGAUUCGCUGCUCAUCUAUCGUCCGGAUCGACGCUUGCAGCUGUGGCGCUUCGUCUCCUACGCCUUGCUGCACGCCAGCUGGCUGCAUCUGGGCUUCAAUGUGCUCACCCAGCUGCUGUAUGGCCUGCCGCUGGAGCUGCUGCACGGCUCGGGACGCACGGCCGUUGUCUAUGUGGCGGGUGUGCUGGCCGGUUCGCUGGGCACCAGCGUGGUCGACUCCACGGUGUAUCUGGUGGGCGCCAGCGGCGGCGUCUAUGCUCUGCUGGCAGCCCAGUUGGCCAAUGUGCUGCUCAAUUUUGGUCACAUGCGCCAGGGACUCGCCCAGCUGCUGGCGGUUGUCAUCUUCGUCUCCUGCGAUCUGGCCUACACACUGUACUGCCGGCAACUGGCCUUGGUGGAGUUGCCGCCCACCAUCUCCGUCUCCUACAUAGCGCACAUGACGGGCGCCCUGGCUGGACUCAGCUUGGGUUUGUGCCUGCUCCGGCAGCUGGACGGCAGUCUGCGUCCGAGGCUGCUGCGCUGGCUGGCGCUUGGCGUUUGGACAACCUUUAGCGGAUUUGCCUUGGCCUUCAAUCUGAUCAACACUGUGACUGCCCAGCUGCUGGCCGAGCAGGAGGGCGAGGACAAUGUGCUCAAAUCAAAACGAACUUGGUUCGGGCGUCAACUGAACCCUUCCAAGUGCGCUCAAAGAACAAGACAAGAACGAAGACGGAGGAGAAAAAACAGCAGCUACUCAUAUAUAACAAUUAUCUUAUGUAAAUGCCAAAAAGGAGUCCAAGCGAACUCAAUUGCUAAACGAGCGAGGCUCACUCCAGAGACUUUGAUAAACACUUCGAAUAAUGCCGCUUUUGACAACAGACAACAUCCUAUUUAGUGCUAUGCAUCCUAUAUAAAUAUUCCUAUAGAAGAUGCAACCUAGACAUCAAAUAUGAACUGUCGAAUCCGUUUUAGCUAGGCUACAACUAAAUUCUGUAACCAAAUGUUAAUUUGAACAUUGAAUAAACACAUCAAAUAUCUACAAUAAAUUCUACUUAUAAACAUAUCAAA